GCCCGAUCUGACUGCGCCACUUCGCCCUAACCCCCACCGACCCGAUUACAGCAGAAGGACGUCCUCCCCGCCCGAUCCGGCCGCCUUCUACCGCCUUUGCUUGGAGGGCAUCAGCUAGGCGUGAUGGGAGAGGAAACACGAAAGAUGCAAAGAGACCGCACAGGAGCAACUCAAGAAAAUUCACGGGAAGCCACACCUACUGGAUUACAGCAGAAGGACGUCAUCCCAGUCCGGUCUGGCCUCCUGCCGCCUCUGCUUCGAGGACAGCAGCCAGGCAUGAUUGGAGAGGAAACAAAAAAGAGGCAAAGGGAGGGUCCAGGCGCAACAGCUGAGAAUUCGCGGAAAACCCCACGUCUGGAGCAGGAGAAGAUCUUCGCUGUUGAGGAUGAUGUGGAUCUUUCAGGUUCUCAGGGCUAUGAGUUACCAAUUUCAGAGGUCAACUAUGUCAAAGGAAUGCCAAACUUAGGAUAUACUUGCUAUUUCAAUGCACUAGUGCAGUGCCUCCUUGCGCUCGGCAAGUUGAGGACAGAGAUUUUAAGACCGAAUGCUAAGUUAGGAGUGAUGGGCAGGGCGCUCAAGGACUUAUUCAUGAAGACAAACAGUCCAGGCUACCCAGGAGAAUUAAUGGACCCAGCAUUGUUGACCGCCUGUGUACGAGCUUUUGACCCCAGUUUCAAAGACCAGGGCAUGCAUGACAGCCAGGAAUUAUUUCUAGCUUUUCUUCGCCGUUUGGGUGAGGAGGAAGAAGAGGAGGAGCUAAGCAAGCCUCCUCACACACAAGAGGGGAUUUCCGGAUCUGCAAUGCUUGAGUUCAUAUUUGGUGGUGGGAUGUGCAUUAGAAGUUCCUGCACUUGUUCAAGGUCCACUGAGAAGUCAGUGCCAUUCAAUAACCUGGAACUGACACUGUCAGCAGAUCAUCUUGAUGUAUGCCAGAUCGAGAGUAACCAUCUUGCAGUAGACCAGAUUCAGAGUAACAAUUUUCAUUCCCCUACGUCAGUUGAGGACUGCCUGAAACAGUAUUUUGAAGCAAAGAAGCUAGAAUGGUGCUGUUCGAGUACCAGUAGAAGUACAGAUGGUGAUCAAACUAGUACCAAAGUGGCCAUAGCAUCUGAGGAAUUGAAUAGCUUGGCAGCUGAUACCGCUUCUUCAAGUAGGCUGCUCCAGGAAUUGGGCUCAGGGACAAGUUGUCUUAAAAUGGUCCCAGUCUCUUGCAGCUCAUGUAACUCGUGGAUUGCCCUGGAUAAGCAAAAUGAUAGCACUGGCAGAGUGGAGGAACAAAAGGUGAAUGAUGGCGCUGUACAGAGAAGUUCUAUUAGCAAGUUACCGCAUGUCUUGACUCUUCUCAUGGGAAGAUAUGGUGUUCGCUUGGGAGGAAAAAACACUGUAUUGAGUUCUACUAUUAAGUUGAGUGGACAUAUAAGCUUUCAGGAGAUCCUUGAUAUGGAAAAGUUCAUGGACCCCAGCUAUGAAGUUAAAAAUUGUACCUACCAUCUGGCUGGCGUUAUUGAGCAUAUUGGUAAGAGCCUCAACGAAGGGCAUUAUGUCUCGUACGUGAAGGGGAAGGCAAAUGCAGAUGAUCAGAUCCGUCGCUGGCCUACGCGCCGCGCGCUCCUUCUAGGAUUCUUCGCUUUCGACCACGCAGAGGACGACGAUCAGUCGACGCUCCCGCCGCGCUUCGUCGGCGGCUCGUCUGGCAGCUGGCGGUGCCCGUGCGUCCCGCGGCUAGAGUUAGACGACGGUGACCCUCGCUGCCGCGACAUGCACCCCGUCCUGUCCCGAAACGGCUACCUCGUGCUCAGCCGCGCCGAAGUCCACGCGGACGAGCCGACCACCAUUAGGUACUGCGUGUGCAACCCCUCCACCGGCCUCCGCCGCUUCCUCCCGCCGUUCCGCGUCCACCAAGGCAUCGGGUUCUGGGAGUACGGCUGCGCGCUGCUCACGGACAGAGACUUUAUCAGCUUCGACGAGGACGCAUCGACGCCAUCGUCCUUCAAGCUCGUCGUGGCAGGGAUCCACGCCGAAUGGAUGGAGCUCUACGUCGACAGCUUCUCCUCCCGCACGAUGACCUGGACGACCUCGACGUGCCGCAUCGAUAUCCCGUGCCGCCGCAUCGCCAUGGUGAACGCGGACGACGGGAAGUACGACUCCCCUUUUUACAGAGACAGGGAGAAUAAUCUGGAGAUGCACCCGAAGAACCCCCCGGCCGUCCUCGACAACGGCGUCAUCCACUGGCAGUGCUCCUGCGACGACGGCACCCGCGUCGCGCUCGUGCUGGAACUGCGCGCGCAGGACGUCGAGCUGCUCGAUCUCCCGGGUGUCAGCCGCUGCUCUGGCGCGUACUGGGACAUGGGGCUCGUGCUCGGCAGCCGCACCGACGUCGACGGCGACGCCGUGCUCUGCACCUUCGGCCUCUCGGCGGAAAACGGCCUCGUGCUCGAGACCUGGAGCACUCUGAAGAGAAGGCUCGACGGCGCCAUCUGCACAGGGGGUCGCACCUGGCACCGCAGCGGCGAUAUCGAUUUGCGCCGGGUGAUCUCAGGUUGCAGCGGUGGCGCCGGCGGGAACGACGACGUGGGCGACAUUGGCGACGUGAAGCUGCUGUGGUACUGCGAGAAGAGCAAUGUGCUGGUGUUCAACACGGUCGCCCUGGGCAACUUCGCGCUGGAUCUCGAGACCGAGCGUGCCGAGGCACUCGGCGAGAUCAUGCACUGCAACUCGGAGUUCUGCGCAAGGAAUGCCUGCGUAUGGUGGAGGGCUUGCCCAUACGAGAUAGACUGCCCGCCGGCCUGGAUCACUUCAAACUGA